AUGCUUCGCGGCCCGCGGAGUCUGCUUUGGCUCCUGCUCCUGCUGCUGCUGCUGCCGCCCCCGGGCACGUGGGGAGACGGCGGCCGCUCGAGGCCGAGGGAGGGAGCCGAGGAGGCGGGCUCGGCCGGGUCCUGGCCGGCCUUCCAGGGCCUGCGGGAGCGGCUGAGGGCGGCCGGCUCCCUCUGCAGCCGCUACUGGGCUCUCUUCAGCUGCCGCGUGUGGCCCGGGGGAUGCAGGCAGGAUGAGGAGGCGCCGACGCGGCCCCAGGGCUGGAGCCUUCCCCUGUUGGGCCAGCAGUACCUGGAUAUCCUGACCACCUGGUACUGCAGCUUCCAGGACUGUUGUGACAAUGGGGACUGCAGGAUCAUCAAUAACUUCACAGGCCUAGAGGCGGAUCUGCGCGUGCGCCUGCACGGCCAGCACCUGGCCCGGCAGCUGGUCCUGACAGCAGCCAGGGGCUACUUGGAGCUGCCCCGGCCAGACAAGGCCCUGGCUCUGUCGUUCCACGGCUGGUCUGGCACAGGCAAGAACUUCGUGGCGCGGAUGCUGGCAGAGAACCUGUACCGGGACGGGCUGGGGAGCGACUGUGUCAAGGUGUUCAUCGCCACGUUGCACUUCCCUCACCGCAAGUAUGUGGACCUGUACCAGGAGCAGCUUGCAGGCCAGAUCAGGAAGACGCAGGAGCACUGCCACCAGACCCUGUUCAUUUUAGAUGAGGCUGAGAAGCUGCACCCAGGACUGCUAGAGGCCCUCAGGCCACACCUGGAACGCCAGGCCCCCGAGAACCUGAGGGCCAAGUCCCCGAGAACCAUCUUUCUUUUUCUCAGUAACCUUGGGGGCAAUAUCAUCAAUGAGGUAGUCCUGAACCUGCUUAAGGCUGGGUGGUCCCGGGAAGAAAUUGGGAUGGAGCACUUGGAGCCCCAGCUCCAGGCUGGGAUUGUGGAAGCCACAGACAGUGGCUUUGGACACAGCUGUCUUGUGAAGGAAAACCUGAUUGACUUCUUCAUCCCCUUCCUGCCACUGGAGUACCGUCACGUGAGGCUGUGUGCACGUGAUGCUUUCCUGAGCCAGGAGCUCCUGUAUACGGAAGAGGCACUAGAUGAAAUCGCCAAGAUGAUGGUGUACGUCCCCAAGGAGGAACAACUCUUCUCUUCUCAGGGAUGCAAAUCUGUUUCCCAGAGAAUUAACUAUUUCCUGCCUUGA